AUGAAAGUUUCUUCAUCUUUCACUCGUUACGUGCCCUUUCUCGCCGCCACCAACGGCUUGGUGCUCGGUGCCCCCAGCGGCAACGGUAGAGUCCGCCACCAGGACCUGUCUGACCCAGCCAACGCUGACUGCACUGGACUCGGCGACUUCAUCGACAGCCAGGUGACUGUCGGCAACGACAAUGGCGGCGUUUACACCUGUGUUGGUGGCUGGAGCCACGGCGCUUUUCCCACGGAGAUCGAAGCUCGCGCUGAUGAGAACAUGCUUCGCUGGAUCCGUGUUCGCUUCACUGACGGCUCUGAGCGUGAGCGAGAGGGCAAGAUUAUCUGGGACCCUUGGGUAGACACCUUCUCUCAAUUCAGCAUGUACGACCACGGUUGGGGUGGCGGUCUCGGCCGUCUGGUCGUCCGUCUCAACUCGUGCCCUCGUGACAACUGCGAGGGAGAUGCUGGUGGUUGGGUCCCUGAUGCUGCUCAAUUUGACGUUCCUCAUGGCGUCGACGGAAGUGGAAUGCUUCUUGGCUUCUCCGUCAAGCACGGUGACGGAAUUGACUCGAUGACUCCCAUCUUCUCCAAGACGGCUGUGGACAGGGUCAUUCUGAAGGACCCCGAGUUCGACCCUACCUUUGAGCAGCUCAACGAGAAGCCCUUCUCCGAGAGAAUGAUCGACGCCGCCCAGGUGACCCACGUUCUCGACAACGGAAAGUCUGAGAGCGAGGCCAACAUGUGGAUCGACUCCUCCAUCGCGACUGAGAGGCAGCACAAGAUCAGCGAGGUCAAGGAGGAAGGCUCUGAGCAUGGUGGUGAGGUCGGUCUUACCGCCAAGGGCGAGGUUUCUUGGAAGGCUGGUGUUCCCGGCUGGGCCUCUGGUGGUAGCAAGGCCGGCCUGGAGGCUUCGGGCAAGUAUGUCGGCAAGAAAGUUGAGAAGAAGAUUUUGGAGACCGUCCGAUUCCGUGUCAACCAUCUGGUUCCCGGAGGAGGCAUGGUCCGAUGCAUGACCACAGUUCUCCAGAGCCGAGCCAACCUUCGCUUCCGAGCCACACUCGAGAACAAGUUCAAGGAUGGCGCCUCUUACGAAUACAAGGUCACUGGCCUCCUUGAGGACGCCGACCACUCCGAAGCCUGGACCGAGUGCGAGGACGUCAAGCCCGAGGACGUUGGAGUCGAGAUUCCCGCCACCGACAACCACCAAGUCGUUGACAGCGAUGGUGGUGACCAGGCUGAGGACAGCCCGGGUCUUCUUGUUCCUGGCGCUAUCACCGAGUCCGGAGUGUACUGCCCUGAUGGCACCAAGGUUAGCGACACUGAGAUGUCUGAUGAGGAGUACAAUGCCGCUUGCCCUAUUUAG